AAUAAAUUUGCAAUCGCAGUUUUACGUUGAAUCGCAAGGGAGGGAAGGGUAGAGACAGAGAAAGAGAGGAAAGAUGUCGGGCAUGGGAGACGGGUACGUGGGCACGUCCCAAGACGCCGUGAGGAUCCGAAGGCUCGAGAAGCAGAGAGAAGCAGAGCGCCAGAAAAUCCAGGAGCUCAAGACCAAGUCCGCCUCUGAUAAGGGCCAGCCCGGUCUCCUUCAAUUCGGCUCCAGUACCUCCGAGAUCCUUGAGACCGCGUUUAAGAAGGAAACUGUUGGUUUGGUUACAAGGGAGGAAUAUGUUGAGAAGAGAGUUAACAUUCGGACCAAAAUCGAGGAGGAAGAGAAAGAGAAGCUUCAGAAGCUACAACAAGAAGAGGAGGAGCUACAAUUGCAAAAGCGGAAAAAGAGGAAGAUAAAGGGGAAUUCUCGUUUGUCAUUCACUGAUGACAUUGAGAAUGGAAGCGAAGAGGAAGAUGGAGAAAACGAAAAUAAAGACACAGUUAAAUUUGGGAGAGGAAAAUUUGGCAAAGACCCCACAGUGGAAACUAGCUUUUUGCCAGACAGUGAGCGUGAGGCUGAGGAACAAGCUGCGCGUGAAAGGUUAUGUAGACAAUGGCAACUGGAGCAGGAGCGGAUACGAAAUGAGCCACUUGAAAUCACUUACAGCUAUUGGGAUGGAGCAGGCCAUAGGCGAGUGAUCCAGGCACGGAAGGGUGAUACCAUUGGAGAGUUUCUUCGAGCUGUUCAACAACAACUUGCUCCUGAGUUUCGAGAGAUUCGGACAACCUCUGUAGAGAAUUUGCUUUAUGUGAAAGAAGAUCUCAUCAUUCCACAUCAGCAUAGUUUCUAUGAGCUGAUUGUUAACAAGGCAAGGGGGAAGAGUGGACCGCUUUUUCACUUUGAUGUGCAUGAGGAUGUACGAACAAUUGCUGAUGCAACGAUAGAGAAAGAUGAGUCUCAUGCUGGAAAGGUUGUUGAAAGGCAUUGGUAUGAGAAGAACAAGCACAUUUUCCCUGCUUCGAGAUGGGAGAUAUACGAUCCAACAAAGAAAUGGGAACGUUAUACCAUUCAUGGCGACUGAUUAAUCCUAAGGAACAUGAUUUUGUUUAAGCGAAGCUUUGUCAAGGUGCCUUGGUUUUUUCUCUCUGAGAAAGUGUUGGUUACUGCACUUUUAGAUAAUGUGUGUAGUAACAGAUUAGCGACUUGCAUGGAAAGUUUAGAAUGAAGAUUUUUAUUUUGAGUUUCAAUUUUGGGCCAUCUCUAAUGCUUUCGUAUUAGGUCCUCUCCAUUAUGGAAAAUGUAGAGAAUGCUCAAGUAGAAGGAAUGGAUAUGUUUUUCAUACCUAA